ACCUACCCAUCACUUCCACGAAAAAACAGUGCAGCGGAGCAGUGGUAUCCCUUUCUCUACCCAACCUAGCGCGCGACGGCGAACGUGGGCGACGGUCUGUGGUUCGACGGCGAACGGUUCAGAAGAAGGAACGGACCAGUGCGGGACAGCAGAAGAAGAAGAGUAAAACCCUAAUGCCCUAAUCAAAGCAAAGGAGAAACUCCCUUUUUGUUACUUCCUUCUCUCUUAGUGUCUCACAAAUGAAGAUCUUAGAGGCCAAUGCUGGUGCACUCACAAAUUUUGAGGUGCUUGAUUUCUUACGAGCUAAAGGAGCUUCAAAGGAUCCAACAAGGGUUAUUGCCAAAGUAGCGCAGUCUGAAUACAAGCAGGUUUAUGAUUAUUUGGUUGACACUGCUGCUGCUGAUCAAACAAGAGAGAGCAUCAACGAGUUUUUGACUAGUAUUAAACGGCAUGACCUAGCAAAAGCCGAGGUUCUGAACAUAUUAAACACUAGGCCAGCUGCUGAAGUUGAAUUAUUCCCUAUCAUAGAGAGUUGUGAGGGGCGUUUUCCAGAUGAAGAGGUGACUGAAAUAGUAGAGCUGGUGACGAGAACAUUGCCGCCACCUCCAAGUAUGAAGGAGGAAGAAAUCACCAAGGGUGACGAAGAAACUGCUACACUGAAAAAUGAAAACGAUGAGGUUAUUGAAGAUCCCAUGGACACAAGAUAAAACGACUAAUUGGGUGUUAUUCAUAUAUUUAGAAAAAUGAUAUAUACUAUACGCAUCUUAAUUUUAUGUGCAAAUAUUACAUGUUUUUUCUUGUGAACUCUCUUUUCUUAUCAUGUUGUAUAAUCUAUAAAUUUAUCACUCUUA